AUGGCGCUUAUCUCAAACGAUAAUGUUUUCGAUAAGCAAAAUAGAGAUAUUUCUCAUCUGAUCUACUUAGAUAAUAAUGCAACAACGCAUGAACAUGAAUCAGUUAUUGAAUCAAUGAUUCAUCAUUUAAAAUCUUUAAAUUCAUUUGGUAAUCCAAGUUCUUCGCAUUUAAUUGGAAAUCAAGCUCGACAUUUAGUUGAUGAAGUAAGAGAACAAGUUCGAAUGAGUAUUAAUGCUUCAGAUUCAAAUGAAAUUAUAUUUACAAGUGGUGGAACUGAAUCAAAUAAUUUAGCUAUUCAUGGAAUUCUUAAAUCAAAUUUUAAUAAAUUUCAACAUAUUAUAACAAGUCCAUUCGAACAUCCAUCUGUUAUAAAUAUUAUUAAAUAUUUACAAAAUUCAAAUAAAAAUAUUCAAGUAUCGUUUGUUCAAGUUAAUUCAAAUGGAAUUAUUGACCUUGAACAUUUUCGGCAAUUAUUAAAGCCUGAAACAAAACUUGUUACAAUAAUGCAUAGUAAUAAUGAAAUUGGUUCAAUUCAACCGAUCGAAGAAAUAGUUCGUUUAUGUCGUCAAUAUGGCUCAUCUGAUCUUGUUAUUCACAGUGAUGCAUCACAAUCAAUUGGAAAAAUUGCAGUAGAUGUAUCAAAUCUUGAUAUUGAUUUAUUAACCAUAUGUUCACAUAAAUUUCAUGGACCAAAAGGUAUUGGUGCUCUUUAUGUUCGUCAAGGAAUUAAAUUAGAAACAAUUCUUUAUGGUGCACAACAUGAACAAGGUCUCCGACCAGGUACUGAAAAUGUUUUAGCUAUUAUUGGUUUAGGUACAGCUUGCCAAUUAAUAUCAAAUAAAUAUUUAUUAAAUAAAAGAAUUGAACAAAUGAAACGAACACGUGAUAGACUUUAUCAAGGAUUAAUUAAUCAAUUUAAUCAGUAUGAUGCAAAUGUUAUUAUUCGUAAUGGAAAUGAAAAAUGUUUAUCAAAUACAUUAAGCUUAACUUUUCGUGGAAUAAAUGCUAAAAAAUUAGUUAAUAAAUUAAAUGAUCGAGUAGCAUUUUCAACAGGUAGUGCUUGUCAUGAAGAUACACAACAUCAUUCAAUAUCAACAACACUCCAAGCGAUUGGUCUUCCUUAUAAAUUAGCACGAAGUACAAUUCGAUUAAGUACAAGUUAUAUGACAACGGAUGAUGAAAUUGAUCAAGCUAUUAUUCUUAUUACAAAUGCUGUCAAAGAACAACUUUCUUCUUUAAUUGAUGAAUAUUAA